AUGUACAUAGACGCGUUUAAACGCCUCCUCUCUCAGAGGCUGAACUGCCUCAGGAGAACGUGUGUGUGUCGGCGACAAUGCGGUUCAAUUGCUAUGGCUAAGGUGGUCGUGAAGAAGCUGCACUGGCGAUCGAAGGUGCAGGAGAGCUUCGUUCCUCUGUUGGGAAGCUCGGGAGAACUGGGUGUGGCCAUCGGUGGUGGCGCAGAUUAUGGCGAGUUUCCGUUCGUCACAGCUGCGCCAGGAGGUGGGAUCACAGUCGGCGAUAUCAUUUUGGAAAUCGGAGGGACGCCUGUCCUGGGGAUGACCUUAGGUGACGUACGUGGCGUGCUCAACUCCUGCCCCCAUCCUGUUCGCAUCAAGACUGUUACACCAGACUUAACACUGUGCAAGGAUCUGAGGUUGUAUCUGAGUAAAUGUUUCACACCUGGUUGCAUGGACAGUCAGCUUCAACAAGUCAUACGGGAAAAUCUCUAUCUGCGUGCUGUACCAUGUACGACGAGACAGCCUCGGGAUGGCGAGAUCUCAGGAGUGGAUUAUAACUUUGUGUCUGUUGAAGAAUUCUUCUCUCUAGAGGAGUCAGGAGCUCUGCUGGAGAGCGGCAAAUUCAAAGGGAACUACUACGGAACCCCUCGACCAAUCCACAUCGGUCCUGACAGCCCCCCCAUCACCUACCAGGAGCACCGCAAGCUUCUAAGGAACUUCCGCACUCGCAGCAAAUCCCUCAGUAACUUGGAGAAAGCAGUAGAGGAAGGGUACAACAGUGAGGGAGACUCUGGGCUAUCAGGUGGCUCGGGAGGUGCCAGCAGCGUCCCCGCCCCAACAUCAUCCCCCAGCCAGUCUCGCGACUCCAGCGGAGGGGACGGCAGUGCCUUCGAGAACGGGAGCAGGCACAGAAGAGGACAAGAGAGGGCUGGGCUUGAAACCUGGGAAAUGACCUACAGUGACUCAGGGGAACCAUACUACGCAGAUCAUCAGCCAAAACCAGCCUACUGGCAAGGCCGACGCGCUUUGAGCCGAGAGUCAGUUUUCAUGACUGAGUUGGGUGAGUUCACAGAUCAGCCGAGUGAGUUGAGAGGAUAUUCUAUCCACACUCGGGUGUGUAAAGGACCCCAGGGCUUUGGUUUUAACAUUACUGGUGGCAGCCGGCCUCGGGAGUUCUUACAGAUAUACAGCAUCAUACCGGGAGGGCCAUCAACUCUUAACACUGGGGAUAUCCUGAUGUACAUCAACGACACCUGUGUACUGGGCACCUCUUAUAAAGAAGUGGUGGAAAUGCUGAAGAUUGUUCCUGUGGGCCAAAGCGUGGACAUGGUGGUCCGUAGAGGCUACCCUCUGCUCUAUGACCCUGAUGGCAGCCCUCGACUGUCUCGUGAGACUGCCUCCCACCGGUCACCUCUUCCAACCAUCACCCAGCCGAAAGCCCAGGCCCUGCUCCCACAAUCCCCGGCAGUCCUUAAUAACUCUGGGCUUAUGUACAGUGCGGAGGCGGGUUAUCCUAGAGCCUACGAAAGACGUGCGUCCAGGUUUAGCCUGGAUGCCAAUGGAAAUUCUUCACAUUAUUCACCACCUCCGAGAGCACCAUCUUCUUCCCGACACUCCAGUGAGGGAGAGAGCGACAUUCUGCGGCCACAACAUUCUCAACGAAGGAUCAGGCAGCUGCAGAGUACAACUCUGGCCAGCCAGAGUGACAGUGAAGUGGUUUCAGCUAUAGGAUCACAUAGAGCAUCCUUUAUCCGAAACCACAACAACAACUCGCCCUACCCACCAUCACCUUCGCGAUUUUACUCUACCAAGUCCUCAGAGAGUGACCUUUCCUCCUACGCCCCAAGCCCACCUCUUUCCCGUUUGCCCCUCCCCCAAACAGAAUCUGGCCAUGCCUCUGCCUCCUCCUCCCCUGGUGGAGUACGAAGAUACUCACACUUUCAAAAUGGCCCACGCCCUCUACUUACCCCUCCCACCAGCGUACACUCUGAUGGUCCGUACUUCACUUUCAACAGCGCCAACAGCAGCAAUCCGAGCAGCACCGUCCUAUCACCAGGGCGUAUGAGCAACGGCGGGGACAGGGAGCUGGUACCCAUCGCCCUGGCAAAGUGCAAACAAGAUGGGAGUCUGGGAUUCAGCUUGAUGGCAGGUGAACAUGGAGGCAGGACGGCAGUAGUGAAGAGAGUGUGGGACUGGCAGCAGUGUAACAGCCUCCAACCCGGAGACGCCAUCAUGAAGAUCAAUGGAGCUGAUGUGCAGAACCUCAACUUCAUUCAGGUUCAUCGUAUUUUGGAAGAGCACACCAAAAGCGGAGAAGUCAUUCUGCUAGUCCAGAGGAGAGGUGCUGUAUAUUCUUCCGUCUCUCCAAAGCCUAGGCGUCAACACAGCCCCAUCCUGCCACGCCCUGCCUCUGCCUCUCAGAUCCCUCUUACUCAUACGCCACCGCUGCUGCGGAAGUCCCUUACUCCGCCCCCUCAAUCCUUGGUGCGCUCUUCACUGGUCCAGAGCACCAGCUUCUUGGACGCUGUACCUGUCACACUCACACUGGAGCCUCGUGAUUGGAUGAGCAGUGAGGAGGGCGGGACUACACUUAAUCCCAGAUUGAAGACCGAAGAGAAGAGCCGGCCACCUGUGCCACAGGGAUUCGAGGUGGAGCUGAAGAGGAGGCCAGGGGAGGGAUUCGGAUUUGUGAUCGCAUCACAGGACAUGGAGAACGGCAGAGCGGCAUCUCUGCUGCCCCACCGGUUUGUGACAGUACGUCGGGGCAGUCCUGCAGCGCGAAGUGGUCUGAUUCGGCCCGGGGAUCGGUUGGAGUCCGUAGAGGGACGGAGUGUGGUCAAUGUGCCCCACAGAGAGCUGGCACAGAUUCUGCGCAGAGCGGGCAACACAUUGCGUCUGACCGUAGUCCCUCGCUCCAGCGCCCAUUCAUCUGAGCACACAGAAAGUGAUCCCCAUCACAAAAGCAGAAAGCCUCACAGGUCCAAACCAAAGGACACAUCACGGUACUACAGUGUAGAGCUGGAGAGAGGCUCCACUGGUUUUGGGUUUAGUCUAAGAGGAGGGAGUGAAUAUAACAUGGAUCUUUAUGUUCUGGGCCUUAUGGAAGGAGGACCAGCCUCGAGCAGCCACAAGAUGCAGGUGAGCGACCAGUUAGUGGAGAUCAAUGGACACAGCACAGCUGGAAUGAGCCACAGUCAGGCAGUGGAGCAAAUCAGGACCUCAGGCCAUAAGAUCCAUCUUGUCCUAAAAAAAGGCAACGGAUAUGUUCCUGACUACGGCCAUGAUGAAGGAGCAGCCCUCUCCUCCCUGCCCUCAGCCCUGCAGCCGCAUCUGGCUGCAGUAAAUCACCAUCACCACCGUCUGAAAUCCACAUCCAGCCCUCCAAGAACAGGAAGGGCCCCCGGACAGAUAAAAGGGACAGAGCAUAUGGGCUGGGAGGAGAACUCCAAACAAACACAAGUCACAAGUCACAGGUCAAAGGACAGGAGGAGAAGGAGGAGACUAAGCUCCCACAGUUUACCCAGAAACAUGCACGAAAGCCACAGCGAUGGAGACGAUAUCAGUGAACCAGCGCCAAGAGGACGGCAUAGGCAGAGAGAGACAAAAGGGUAUACAGAGAGGAGGAGUAAAAGUGAGGAAAGAAGGAGGCAACCAAAUGAGAGAGAGGAAGAGACUCAGGGAGAGGAAAAGCAGCAAGAAAGAGAGCGGGAGAGAAAAUCAAUGGGCGUGUCUAAUCCUAAUCAGAAGUAUGCAGAGAUUAGUCAGAAAAGGAAUGAGGAGGAAGAAGUGAAGUUAGAAAGAAAGGAGUGGGGAGAAGUGGAAAACAGCAACAAUUUGACUGGUGGAAAGCACAAGGACGGGAGAGACGGUCCGGAGUUAGCAGGCCAGUCAAAAAGUAAGAGAGAGCAAAUUCUGACAAAUAUUUUGGGGAAAGAGAGAUCACGGCGAUGGGAAGUCGACACUCGAUCCUACGUUGGCAUGCAUUUGCCCAGGAAAGAACAGAUUCAUUCCAGCCACCUCUCUGCCCAUCAGUCUCCGUUCUCCUUUCUCAUCUCCCAGCACACAGAGCCAGAAUCUCAAGUAACCGCGACGAAUGCCAGUGGUUCAGCCGCCAGCGUCCCUAAGUUUUCUAACUACGAAAGGUACCGUUCAGAAGCCAUAAGCAGCAUAGCUCCGGAUCCCUGGUUCAAAUCCGGUCUGCACACGCUCAGUAGAGAAAUUGAAAGAAACAGACUGACAGGAAAAGAAAAGGAGCAAGCAGUGAGAGAGAAUUCAAUCACCUGACAGGUUUUUCCAGGAAAUCCUUUUACAAUUCGAAACAGGUUCUUCUUAGGUUAAGUAUCUGUGUGGGCCAUAUUAAUAUUUCACUAUCCAAACACUUUUGGAGACUACAGCCAUACUGUGGUCCAUAUACCAAUUCUAAAUAAGAAGAAUAAAAAGUGUUGAUGUAACAUAUUUGUAAGGACGAGGUUUUCUGUCCUGCCACUUUCUGUCUCUUGCUUUCCUUUCUCAGUUGAAUGCUUGAGGGACGUUAUUCUGUGUUUUUUGUUAUACUUUGUGUUGCCUGUUAUGUUAUUAGAUCUGGGCUAACUAAAAACUUUGCUCUUUUCUCUCUGUCUUUAAUUGUCUGCCUUUUUUUCUGUAGCUUGUUAUAUAGACGGGAAGACUGAUGGAAUAAGGUUAUAGUUUUGUCUAUAUCCUGUUUGAGCCCCUAUAUUUGGGGCACACAUGAAGCAAUAAAAUGCCACAAGCCAAGAUUUUCGAUAUGCAAAAAAAAAUUUAAAGAUGAGUAAUAUGUAUUAUGUAUGUUAGACAUUUUCCAUCAUAAAUCAUAUGUAUGUGGCAUAUUAUGUGUGGCAUUUCAGGGUGUGCUGUUGUAGAAAAGUCCUUUAAACAUGGGUGAUGUGAUAUAGAGAGACACAAAGCGACAGUUACAAUGGUUACCAUUAAUAACCAGAAUUAGUUGAUUACUUUUCUCUAACAGCAUGAUUAUUUUAUUGCUCUUAUACCACAGCAUUUCCAACAAUUACAAUUACAAUUAUUGCAAAUUUUAUUCUACGUUUAAUGUUAUGAAAUGUACACGAGACAAAUAAAGGGUCAGUGCCUAAUUAACCUUUGACAUUAAGCUUUGACACUGGAGACUUCUUCUAUUAAAUGAAUACAAGGGGCGUUCAAGUCAAACCAAGACUUUUGUUUUUGCAGAAUAACAGAACACAGUUAUAAGUGUAAAAACUACCUUUAUUUCUCUAUAUAACCCCCUGCUACCCAUCCCAGCAUUUCACUAGUGCUUGGCUAACAUUAGGUAAAAUGUUCAAAACGCCAGAGCCAAGAUCAGACUGCCUGCUUCCCAUCUAAAACGUUGCUACAGUAUCCCUAGAACUUCUCUAAUGGCUUAAAAAUUUAGAAAUGGCUUGGAGCGAGGUCAGGACUGUACAGGGAUGUGGCAAUAACUCCCAGCUAAGUUCCUGUUCGUGAAUAAUUGAUCGGGAUCGUACAGUUCCUACAAACAGUUCCUACAAACUGCCUCGAGUUAUUCGUCAAUUUUGAAGGAACAGGCUUUUGCCACAUCAUUCACGAAAAAUUUAAUAAUAAAUCCUGGUUUGACUUGAACGCCCUUUGUAAAUAUCUCUUGUGUCAUGCCAACAGUAAAGCAUCCUGAGACUAUUCAUAGCUGCUUCUCAGCCAAAGGAGAAGACUUACAAUUUCGCCUAGAAACACAGUCACGAAUAAAGAAUGGUACGAAAACAUCUCUUAAGAGCAGCACACGGAACAAAACAUCAAAAUUUGGGGAAACUCCUCCGACCCCGAGGGGGUCAAAUAGACAAACAAAAUCCCACAAAUUCUGACAAACACCAAAAUCAUUUUUGGCCAAUCAGAUUGGAGGAUACUGUGGUAUAAAAGACAUCAACAUAUUGUCUCACUUUUGUCUUGGAAAUACUUACCCACUGAACAAAACAAAAGUUUUGGCUUUUGUAGGUGUCGCAGUGUAUUAACCAUGUAGAGUGUUAUUAUGUGUACUAUAUGUACGCUACACUUGUAUGCUUCAAAAGAUUCUUCAUUCUUCAAAGUCAUUUGAUCCCUACAGACUUCAAGCCUUUCAAGUGAAUCUUAUCACUCUGUCUGGAGUCAAACAUCUUCCUGUAACUUGACCACUGUCCUUAUGACCUCACUGACCUCAGUCUGAUAUGAACGCUUGAUUGCCUUCGGCAAUAACCACAGCACCGAUAUUUUUAUGUUGCCUGUGAAAGUCACAUUGUGUCUGACAUCAUCCGUUGUUAAGUACUGAAAUUACACUAUGCAGCGGCAAAGUGGAAGAUUCAAGGAGGAACAGAAAUAGCCAGAAACCACAGAGUGUCACUAUAAAUUUCACUCCCAAACUCAGAGAUCAUGAAACAGUAACUCAAAGUGCCCUCUGUGUUGCAACACAACACAAUCAAAACAUGCAUCUCCUUCCUUUGCCAUUCUACGCUGGAUGGAUAUACAGUGGAACCUUGGAUUACGAGCAUAAUUCAUUCUGAAAGUGGACUCGUAUUCCAAAACACUAAACCAAAUUGACUUUUCCCAAAUUAUUCGUUCCACACCCAAAAAAUAAAUACAUAAAAAUACUUAACACAAAAUAUAAAGUAAAAAUAAAACAAAUUAAACUGCACUUUAACUUUAAAUCCAUACAGAUACGUUUUCUUUUUCGUUUGUGCGCGCAGGUAUGUGUAUGUGUGUAAAUCUAAAGUAAGCCCCCCUCUCCCCCUUCUCGUCUACACAGUUACCCUUCCUCCACUCUUUUCACACAACGGAAACACUGUUUAAUCUAAAAAAAAAAAAAAAAAGAAAUCUCUCUAAUGACACUUGAUUAAGCGACACACUAACAGAAUCACUGCUUUAAAGUAAAAAUAAAACAAAUUAACCUGAACUUUACCUUUGAAAAGAAUUGCAACAGAGCAGUGUUUCUGUGUAGAGCAGAGAGAAAGUGUGUGUGUGUCUGAGUGUGUCUGUGAAGGCGAAAGUAGGAGGGGUCUGUGUGUGGGUGUGUGAUACUGAUACUCGGUACUCGUAAACCAAGACUUGUUCGUUUUUCAAGUCAAAACUUAUUGAAAAUCUUUGCUCGUCUUGCAGAACACUCCCAAACUCGCAAUCCGGGGUUCCACUGUAGAUUUAUUUAAUUUUUUAUUUAGUUUUUUUUUAUUAAUUCUAUCUGUUUUACCAAAGACUGCAGUAAAGUCCUAAAGCUGGAAUCUGUUUGCAAACUGUGCAGCGCUUCUUUUGGAAGUUUGUCUCAAGGUGAUGUUUUACCUUUGUUUCCGUAAAGAGGGACUUUUGUAUGUUUGUGUUUUUAACGUGUCAUGUUUAAACGAUUAAAUAAGGGCAAUGAACGUCAGUACGUGUAUUAUGCUGCUAUUCAGCCAUAAACCAGAGUAGAUGAAUUAUUAACUACUUAGCGUUGUUUCCUAUACCUCAGGAGAAAUUCUCAGAUGGACGAAUAAACAUGUUUUGGGUUAUUUUUUUUCUCCAGAGGUAUGAGAUAUAUACUAUAGUGCCAGAUGCCAAAUGUAUACUAGUAACCAGUAUGAUGUCACCAUUUUAAAGCAUUCAUACAGUAUAGCCGGAUAGUUUCUACGUUCCCAGCAGGUCUGGGCAAAGUUUCAGUCUGUGUAUGUGUGUGUGAUGUAAAAAUGAUAUGGAUGUGAGCCAGUGCCAGAUGCAGCUUUACAUUUGAGACCCUUUUCUCUUUUUUUUGCUAUAUAUAUAUAUGUGCAGGUAUAUGCAGUG